AUGAAAGGGUGUGAGCUGUGUGGGAAUUCGGCGAGAAUGUUUUGUGAAUCAGACCAAGCUAGGUUGUGUUGGGAUUGUGAUGAGAAAGUACACUCUGCCAACUUUCUUGUUGCAAAACAUUGCAGAAUCCUUCUUUGUCAAGUCUGUCAAUCUCCAACUCCUUGGAAAUCCUCAGGGUCUAAACUUGUUCCUACUGUUUCCAUAUGCGAGUCUUGUUUUACUAUCCAUAACAAUAAAAGACAUAUCCAAGCUCAAAACAUCAUGACUAGUGAUCAAGAAAGUCAAGAAGCAGGGAAUGAUUUAGAUGAGUCUGAAAAUGAUCAAGAAUUCGAUGACGAUGACAGUGAUGAAUACGAUGAAGAUGAAGAUGAGGGGGAGGAGGAGGACGAGGGAGAUGGAGAUAACCAGGUGGUGCCAUGGUCAGGUCCUACUUUAUCAUCAUCAUCACAUGUGCCACCUAUGGCUAGUUCUUCUAGUAGUGAAGAAGAGAUUUCUUGUCCUGGUAGAAAUGGGCUCUUGAAACGGAUGCGAGAGAGUAAUGUUGAUCUUGAUUCUGAUGAUGAAAUUGGAUGUUUCUCUUCUCAUAAUUUAGGAGAUGGAAGAUUGAGCAAUGAGGAAGGGAAUUCUUUGAGUUCAUUAAGGCCAUUUAAGCAAGCAAGAACAGGUGUUAAUGUUGAAGAAGAUGGUCAAGCAGUGUCAAGAUCAACGGCUAUUAUAGAAUCCGUUAAGAGACUGCAAAGAGAGACGGUCACGAAUGGAGAAAACGCGUCUGCUGCUGCUAUUCUUGGGAUCUGCAGAUUGAGCAGAGAUCAGAGCCUUUGA